ACAUGAUGCGACCUAGAUUUCUUAUCAGGUCAUUUAAACAUAUUCAAGCUAGUGUAUUUAGCUCAUCUUAUCUACAUUUUAAAUCUGGACGAAUUUCUCAAGCUUGUAAACUUAAAGCCAUGUCAACUAGUUCAAGACCAAAAGUGUUUGUUACAAGGCGUGUGCCUGAGGAUGGAAUUAAUUUACUCAAGGAACAUUGCGAGGUGUCUCAAUGGAACUCUGAUGAUGCUAUUACAAGAGAAGAGCUUAUACGUGGAAUUAAAGGUGUUGAUGCCCUAUUCUGUUUGUUAACAGACAAAAUUGAUGAGGGGAUUCUGGAUGCUGCAGGUGACUCAUUGCGGGCUAUCGGGACAAUGUCAGUCGGGUAUGACCAUAUCGACCUCGCGGCCUGCAGAAAGCGAGGAAUACCGGUGGGGUACACCCCUGAUGUGCUAACCAGUGCUACUGCAGAGCUCACCGUUGCUCUGCUGCUUAACGUAUCUAGGCGACUAGGAGAAGGUGUGGAAGCUGUAAAGGACGGGAGCUGGGGAACUUGGUCCCCACUCUGGAUGUGUGGACAGGGGCUUGAUGGCGCAACAGUCGGUAUUCUAGGACUCGGUCGAAUUGGUUUAGCAGUGGCACAAUGUCUGAAGCCUUUUGGUGUCUCGAAAAUUCUGUACAGCGGAAACAGCGAGAAGGACGAAGCAAAACAGCUCCAAGCCGAAUUUGUUACCUUUGACGAGCUUCUUAAAAAGUCGGAUUUUGUUCUUGGAUGUUGCGCUCUUACAAAAGAGAAUAUCGGUCUGAUGAAUAAGGAGGCAUUUUCUAAAAUGAAAAAGACUGCAGUAUUUAUAAACACAAGCCGAGGUGGACUUGUGAACCAAGAUGAUUUAUACGAAGCCCUUAAGUACGGGGAGAUAUUUGCUGCGGGAGUAGAUGUGACGUCACCGGAACCACUUCCAACCGAUAGCUCUCUAUUGUCUUUAAGUAACUGUGUCGUAUUGCCGCAUAUUGGAAGUGCAACGAUGAAGGCGAGGAAUGCCAUGUCGGAACUCUGCGCUAGAAAUAUUAUUGCAGCACUAAAAGGAAACCCUAUGUUGAAACAAGUACAAUAGUGAACCAAUAGCCAAUUCAUGAUGUAUUAAGUAUUUAAAGCUGUUCUAUCACAUAUUGACAGUUUUGACCCAUCUUGUUGUUCUUGUCUCAGAAUCAGCUGAUUUUGGUAUCAAUUGCUUCAAUUAAGUCAUAUAAAUUACUCACAAUAGAAUAGAUCCAUAUUACUUGGUUAACUGCCAAUAAUUUCAUUUUUCUUAAAGCGUUAGUAACGCUUUUAGCUAUAAAACAUUAAUUUUCGAACGUUAAUAUGAAAAAAGCUAUCUUAUCUUUUGUCAGCAGUCUUGUAUUAUAGGUUUUUAUACAUUUACGCAAAAAUUGGCUCAUCUGAAGACAAACAAAAAGGUGUCAAAACGGUCAAUCUGUGAGAGUGCAGCUUUAAUCUAAUUUUAGAGGUAAAUGGGUAUCAAAUCUGAACAGGAGAACAAAUAAAGUUGAAUUAUCCUUUCUUUUUGUCUUGUAGUUAAUACCCAGAAUUGAAAAUAGCAUUUCAAGAUUAAUACAUCUGUGCUUUAUGAAUUAAAUGUAAUAUUAUGAUGAUAACACUUAAACAAUAACGUGAUAAUAUUUGAAGCCAUAUAAAAGCCUGAACUUACCUGUUUCAAUCCUUAA